UCUACAUACAGGUUGGUACAAAGGGGAGGAAGUUAUUAAGUUCAGAGAGGAAGCCAAACUAUUUGUUAUUUAAAAACAGUUUGGUAGUUUUCAUAUAACACGCCUUUUGUUUCUUAUACAAGUUUAAGGCAAUAAAAGAAUAACUUUCCACCUUUCCACACAGACAAAGACAAGAAAAGAGAAAGACAGAAAGAGAGAGAGAGAUAGUGAGAGGACUUGUUACCUGUGGAGGGGGAGGAGCAUAUGGUAAGCUGUGGUAUGUGUCAGCAUUGUGGAGAGUGGAAAGAGAGAGAGUGAUAUUCACGGUACGCCAUUACUCCUGCUUCUGUAGCUACACUGAAACAACACCUGUGGGACACCAACAUCUACGUGUUAUAUCUUAACUCUUUGAUCAUUUACUUGAGAAAAGUUUGAGGACAGUGCUUUACAGAAUUCAUUCAACAUGAUAACCGUGAAGGAGGACAUGAAAAAGCGAGUUUUCAACUCUAAGAGCACUGUCAUGUAGACACGCUCCCUGCUGACUUUCACACAGAGUCAUGGAGCUGAAGGUGUGGGUGGAUGGCGCUCCACGUGUAGUCUGUGGCCUAUCUCAAGAGACAUCUUGUCAGGAUGUAGUCAUAGCUCUAGCUCAGGCCAUAGGGCAAACUGGUCGGUAUGUGCUCAUCCAGAAAUUACGAGAUAAAGAACGGCAGCUCGUGGCUAAUGAAUGCCCACUGGAGUCCCUCGCUAAACUUGGCCAGUUGGGCAGCGAAGUGCAAUUCAUCCUCCGUCGCACUGGCCCCACAAGCAGCGAAGCGUCAGACAAAGGUCGAGUCCCUCCCUUGCCCCCAGAUCCAGAGCCCCCCAAACACAAAGAGCCGAAAAAGGCUCUUACUUUUAAUCUGGGGCCCUCGCAAACACGUCUGAAAAAGUUUGAAAAACCAAUCAGAGACUCUCCAAGGGUGUCCCCAUCUCCAACAUCCUCCAUCGCUUCAGAUGAUGCGUCCAAAGAAGCGCUCUAUCAGCAGAUGCUUCGACAACAAGCGGAGCUACAGGCCCUGCAGGGGCAGCUGACGGGUGUGGAGAGGGAGCUCGCCGUUUGGGAGCGAUCUCCUCCUCCGGCCCUUUCCCCUGACCUCCUGGAGGAAGUGGACCACCUGCAGCAGGCUUUGAGGAGGAACGGAGCAGAACUGGCCCACUUACCAUACUGGGAAAAAGAAUUUCACUCUGAAACUCAGAGGGAAAAGGACAUACUAAAGCAAAAAAAUGAACUUAGUAUAGCAAUAGAUAAGGAAAGCCGAAGGCAGCAUGAUACAGAGACUCUAACAGAGGAGCUGGAGCGAGAUAUUCAGCUACUCUUUGAAAGCAAGAGAAAUGGUAUGCAUAAAGCCAGGCCCAGUAUUGAAGAUUCUGUAACCCUAGCAAAGAGACAACUGGACAACCUUCAGGACCAAACGGUUGAAAUACAGACAUCAAAUGAAGAGACAGAAAAGUUUUUAAGACAGGCGGAUGAACAAUUUCUGGUCAAGAGCAAAGAACUGGAUGAUCUGAAUAAGGAGCUACGCCAGUGUAACCUGCAGCAGUUCAUCAUGCAAACAGGUGUCACACCAGCACAGACCAAUCAGCAAACAGAAGACAUUGAUUUUGCUCUCCUCAAGCCUGACGGACAGAGUGAUGAAGAUUGCAAUUCUUCCAUCUUGGAGUUCAACCCUCGCACCACUGCCAAGCAAAUACUUGGGAACCCACGCAGCCUUCAGAACCCACUUGUCUCCAGUCUUCAUCCCGAGGUCCUGUCAUCACGAGAGGCAUCAUGGCACUAAAGUCUGGAGUACAACCCCAAGGAAUUAUUCACUGUUCACUUUAUAUUAGUAUAUCUGCAUCAUUUUGUUUUAAUGUUAAUUUUCUUUUCUUUUGUAUAGUACUAUAUGAAAUGGAUUUGUGAAAACUAUGUACAGUAAAUAGAGUGCUGUCUUUGUAAUUAUUAAACAGAUGAAGAUAUGUACAUGUAUUUUAACUAUCUAUGUAUAUUUCUUUUACUAAAAACAUACCAAAAUAAACAGAAAUGAUUUCAUGUUGGCUUAAUGAUUCACCUCUGUUACCCUGGGUGAAAGAGAUACGGUUAUAUUUCUAAUAUUUAGUAGUUAUUGUGUGCUUUAUUUUGUUUAUAGGUGUGCAACAUUGUUUAACAUAUCGUAUGGGGUUUUCCUCAUAUUGUAAGAACAGAAAUGAUUGUCAAUGUUUAAAUCCCAACCAAGUGUUUUAUUUUCUACAUAAAUGUUAUUUGUGGAUGGUGACAGGUCCUGGUUCAGAUAAUAUAAGCAGUCCAUCACAUGCAGCUUUCAGACGCUCAUUUCAGACAUAAACUCUCCAUCACUUUUUUUACUGUGUUGCACUUCGGUCUUUCUACUCCACUGAAACAGGGUAAGCUGUUUAUACUAAAAAAAAGGUCUCUUCUCCUGCAAAAAGCUGAAAUCAAGUGAAGGAUUGAUUAAACGCUUUCCUUCUGAUUAUAUUAUUAAAUGCAGUAUAUUUUGUAGUACAUGGGUGGGCACUUCAAUAGAACUUAGUGUAUUGACAAGAGGUGCAGCCAAUCAAAGUCUUUGCUGUAGUGACAUCAUGUUUUGUCCUCUUUUCGGUGUUUGCUGUCAUGUGGAAUGCCGAUGAGGUUCAGACAACUGCAGAACGUUUACUGGUUAUUACAUAAAAUGUUUAUUAAAAUCCUGUUUGCUAUGUUAGUCAAGUUACGAUCAUUCACAGUUCGCUUGUCAAUCUGAAUCAUAUUUAGGUGUUACAUCCGAAAACCCGACAGUGAAUUGAAUU